GCGGCGUCAAGAUCAAGACGAGCCAACGCCGGCUGUCGGAUGAAGGAGGUAAUGGAAAAGAACGAAGCUGACCCUUUCUACUCUGGUUUGUACGGAGGAUUCUAUGACGAGGAAAACGACGCUGAUUACAAGUGCUCCUAUAAGAACGGUAAAAAAGCGGGCGCAAAGAAAGACAAGUCAGAUCAGAACUCAGAUUCAGGAAGCGACAACGAGAUGAGUGACGAUGAUAGUAACUCUUCUGGUGUAGAAGAAGAGGAGGAGGAAAGUGAGGACGCUGGUCCUUCAAACAAACAAGAUACAACUGAAGCAACCACUGAGAAAGAGCCUACUUGUGAUGCGGAGGAAAAUAAGGAGGGACAAUCUGAGGAGAAAAUACCGAGUAGUAAACGAGCAAACAUUGAAGAAUCAGAGGAAAGCCCAAGCAAGCGGGUAAAAACUGGAUCCUGAGCAAGAGUUAAAAUGUACACGAGAUGUUACUAGAAGUAGGGAUGCAGUGCACACUUACAGUUUACGCAAUAUUCUUUACUCAGCCAAAUGAGUGAUUCUCUGAUACAUUUAUUGGACUAUAUAAUGUGCAUCGCUCAACUUCUUUUAGUAACACGUGAAUAUUCCCCUACCAUUUAUACCAGAAAAUUUGAUAAAGGAUAAUUAUGAGCUAGUUUAAUGGAAUUUGUUUGUUUAAAAAUAUGGCCGGGUUUGUUCAAUAACGUUUAAUUAAAGAGCCUUCGACGAGAUAGCAAAACUAGUGCAGUGGGGAGACGGCUCACAGUGUAUUGACACGAGACAGUCAUUUACGGGCGACUGAUGAUACUCGUACAAUAUUUGUUUCAAAUAUUAACAUCGUCGAUGGGUUGCUAAGCAUUAAGCAACUCGACGCGCGCGUUAGUUGGUAAUAAACCUACAAUGUGUAUAACUAUAAGUGAUAAGUUCUAACGUGUUAAAACAAAAAUGAAGCGCCUCCCCACAAAUGUUCAAGUCUUUUUUACAAUAAUAUUAAAUGUUAGAUAACUUCCAACCUAUAUUAUAUAAUUGUUAACUAACAUGACAGUUAAGAGCAAGAGUUCUAUAAUAAUAAUGACGGAUAAAAUUGGAGAUAAUAGGAUUUAACUGAGACAUUAUAAAAUGAUAGUUCUCUAAUUUUAGCGAUAUUAUCCCAAUAUAA